ACAUCAUUUCCUGCAAUGACGGCAGUAGCGAACCUCGAGAUGAAAGCACCGCAGCUGCGGUGUUUCUAACCCACCUCCGAAAAGCGCCGAGGGAUCAAAUUCAGUCCCGACCACUUCUUAUCCACCUCGCAUCCCGCUGUCUACCUAUCGAGCCCUGAACCGAAACGACCUGACUCGGUGCCAUCUGCUUCCAAUCGCAACAUCAGAGUUCAAUCAGGAUGGCAGCGCUUUUCAGGACUGCCCCCACCCUGCGUGCCGCUCUGCGGGCCAGCUCCGUGAAGCCCGGCGUCGCCGCUCUAGCUAGUACUUCGUUCGUUCGAGGCAAGGCCACUCUGCCUGACCUUUCUUACGACUAUGGCGCGCUCGAGCCCUACAUCUCGGGCAAGAUCAUGGAGCUCCACCACAAAGGGCACCAUCAGACCUACGUCAACGGCCUCAACAGCGCACUCGAGACUAUCGAAGCCGCCAACGCCAAGGGCGACUACAUCCAGGCCGCCGCCGUAGCCCCCCUGCUCAACUUCCACGGCGGUGGCCACAAGAACCACACGCUGUUCUGGGAGAACCUGGCGCCGAACAACAAGGGCGGCGGCGGCGAGCCUGCGGGCACGCUGAAGUCAGCCAUCGACAAGGACUUCGGCUCCUUCGACAACCUCCAGAAGCAGGUCAACGCUGCGCUGACCGGCAUCCAAGGAAGCGGCUGGGCCUGGCUCGUCAAGGAUAAAGCUGCCGGCACUCUGCAGGUCAUCACCAAACCGAACCAAGACCCCGUCGCCGGCAACCACGUCCCGCUACUGGGGAUCGACGCGUGGGAGCACGCUUACUACCUGCAAUACCAGAAUCGCAAGGCGGAAUAUUUCAACGCCAUCUGGAACGUCAUCAACUGGGGCACUGUAUCUAAGCGGUUGGAUAAGGCGUGAUGUAGGUACCUAUCAUAUUUUGUUCGAUAGGGGGGACCCAUGCGAAGAUGAGCGAGAUGAAAGUUUGCCUUGCCCGUAGAUAGAAACGAGCGUCGUGGUAAGAUAUUAUAUGCGAGAGACUUGAUAAAAAAUAUCCAAAGACGUAAAAAAUAUCUGGAGACGUAACAAGGUGUCGACCGGCCCCUUUCAUCUUAAUCCUACUGCGAAGUGUCACUUAGCACGUAAUACAAGGCGUAAGACUUUUGGUAUAAGGUUAAUAUAAUUAAUCAUAGCUUUACACUAUCUGUACAGUAAGUAAUCUUACUUUGGGG